CUCUCUCUCUCUCUCUCUCUCUCUCUCUCUCUCUCUCUCUCUCUCUCUCUCGUGUGGAAUUGAGAAAUAAAACAAAAGAAAAGUAGAGAAAGUCUAGCACUUUCGUUCCUUUUCCCUACAGGAUUCCAUUCCUCAUGGUAGGAAGCGGCAUGCUUUCUUCAAGAGAAGUAAUUCACGAUCCCUUCAAAGCCUGGAAAUCCAUGGUUUUCCCCACAAAAUUAGCCGGCUAUGCUGCGUUCUCUCUCUUUUGCACGAUCGCUUCAAUCUCCUUCGUCUGCUACGUCGCUUUCUCAACCUAUUCCCUCCGUUGCCCCGAAUGCCAUAGAAUGAUCUCGCACCAGAAAGUCUCUGACGCCGAUAUUUCCCCCGCUUACGAGAAGACUAAUAUAUCCCACAUCCUUUUCGGCAUCGGAGGUUCCGUCAAGACAUGGCAAAAGCGCCGGGAUUACACUGAGGUAUGGUGGAAACCGAACGUCAGCCGCGGAUUCGUUUGGCUCGACGAGGAACCUCCGAAAAACGUGACAUGGCCGGAAACCUUGCCGCCGUUCAAAGUCUCUGGAAACACGUCAAGGUUCAACUACACCUGCUGGUACGGCAAGCGCUCUGCAAUCCGGAUUGCUCGCAUUGUGAAGGAGAGCUUUGAGCUGGGUCUGGACAACGUGAGGUGGUUCGUGAUGGGCGACGAUGACACGGUGUUUUUCACGGAGAAUUUGAUCAACGUAUUGGCGAAAUACGAUCACAAUCAAAUGUAUUACAUCGGUGGGAAUUCAGAGAGCGUGGAGCAGGACGUGGUACACUCUUACACAAUGGCCUACGGAGGAGGUGGCUACGCCAUUAGCUACCCGUUGGCCGCCGAGCUCGUCCGAGUUUUGGACGGCUGCAUUGAUCGGUACGCACAUUUCUUCGGCUCCGAUCAGAAGGUCCAGGGUUGCCUGAGCGAGAUUGGAGUACCGGUCACAAAAGAGCUAGGUUUUCAUCAGGUCGACAUACGAGGAAAUCCGUACGGUUUAUUAGCUGCACAUCCAUUGGCGCCAUUGGUGUCUCUGCACCACCUAGACUACGUCGAAUCUAUAUUUCCGAACCGGACCCGGAUCGACUCGCUGAAGAAUCUGAUCCGGGCAUACGAAACGGACCCGAAUCGGGCCCUUCAGCACAGUUUCUGCUACGACUUGAGGCGGAAUUGGUCCGUAUCGUUGUCUUGGGGAUAUACCGUGCAGUUGUAUCCGUCGUUGGAGACGGCGAAGAUCCUCGACACUGCGCUGCGCACGUUUCGGACGUGGGGGAGUUGGAGCGACAAGCCCUUCACGUUCAACACACGUCCGGUCAGUAGAGACCGGUGCAAGAAACCGCUUUUGUAUUUCUUGGACCGGGUCGAGAGGCUUGGCUCGGGUCAAACGUUGACCACCUAUGAAAGGUAUAUGUACCAACGGGGAAAGGAGUGUGACCGUGUCGAAUACGCCCCUGCCUUAGCCGUGCGCUCUUUCAAUGUCUUAGCUUCCAACUUCGACCCUGACUUGUGGAAAAAGGCGCCACGCAGACAAUGCUGCGAGAUCGUCAACGGUGAAGAUGGGGUGGACAGCGCGAUUCAAGUCAAGAUCAGAGGCUGUAAUCGCUUUGAGAGUGUGACUCCUCCAUAGAAUUUGACGCCAACAUGUAUGCGAGUUAGUCAACUACUUAUUUGACCCCUACUUCAUCAGGUGUUCGUAACACGUGUAAGGCACUGAGUGGAGACAGUUAAUUAACUCCGUUGGUAGGCCUACGUCUUGACCGCCCGACCACACUUGGUGUUUCUAUCUACACGUACGUACAGCAAAGGAAAAGAACAUUUUGAGUAGGUAGGCAGGCAUGUGGAGGGUAUAUACUUACAUGCAUGGCAUGUGUUUGUUCCCUUUAUUAGUUGAUAAUCCGAAUAAUUUAUUUCAAUAAAAAUUAUUGUUUAUGAAAAGAUCUUGGCCUCUUUUUAUAAAGGGUGUCGAUAUAUAUAUAUUACCCA